AUGGUAAAAGUUGGAUACGAGUCGAGAGCCGUUGACUGCCACCGCUACAUUGACAGUGUCGAACCACGUUUCUUUUCCUAUAUGACCAAUCCUGAGUCCGAUAUGCCAGAACCAAGUAGAAGAAGAAGCUCAAUAGAAGCGAAACGAUAUAUCCCACCAUGGACAACCCCAUACAUUAUUGGUGUCGGUGGUACGUCGGGUUCAGGGAAGACAAGUGUAGCCUCGAAGAUCGUCUCAUCCAUGAAUGUUCCUUGGACCGUAUUAGUUUCUAUGGACAAUUUCUACAAACCAUUAAAUAAGGAACAGAGAGCCCAAGCUUUCAAUAAUUCUUACGAUUUCGAUGAACCAGCUGCUAUUGAUAUGGAUUUGGCUUAUGAAUGCAUAUUGAACUUGAAGGAGGGAAAGAAAACUAAUAUCCCAGUCUACAGUUUUGUACACCACAAUAGAACACCAGGCAAGUCCACGACUAUAUAUGGUGCCAGUGUUGUCGUCCUUGAAGGUAUCUAUGCAUUGCAUGACAAAAGAUUGCUAGAUUUAAUGGAUUUGAAAAUUUAUGUCGAUGCUGAUUUGGAUGUUUGUUUGGCUAGAAGAUUAACAAGAGAUAUCGUUUCAAGAGGUCGUGACUUGCCUGGAUGUAUUGAUCAAUGGGAAAGAUUCGUUAAACCAAAUGCUGUAAAGUACGUGAAGCCAACCAUGCAAAAUGCUGACGCUAUUAUCCCAUCUAUGGGCGAUAAUGGUGUUGCAGUGCAAUUAUUGAUAAACCACAUUGAAUCUAAACUAGAAUUAAAAUCGGAGGAACACAUUAAGGAACUAAUCAAACUAGGAUUUGAACAAAAUUAUGAAUCAAUGAAGAAAAACAAAAUGGUCCACGAAUUAGAGUCUACAAAUCAAGUUAAAUCAAUAAUGACAAUGCUUCUGGAUAAGAGACUAAAUCGGGAUGAUUUCGUCUUUUAUUUUGAUAGAUUGGCAAUGAUCUUAUUAUCAAAAACAAUCGAUAAUCUUGCAAGUCCAAAUAAGAAAAAUAUUGUCACAGCAUCAGGUUACUCAAUGGAAAGAUUAACAGUUUGUGACUUUAAUGAAGUUACUGCUGUCAAUAUCAUUAGGUCAGGUGAUUGUUUCAUGAGCUCAUUAAGAAAGACAAUCCCAAAUAUAAGUAUUGGAAAAUUAUUAAUCCAAUCUGAUUCACAAACAGGUGAACCACAAUUGCAUGCUGAGUUCUUACCAGAUAAUGUCAACGAAUAUAAGAAAGUUCUUUUAAUGGAAGGCCAACUUAUUAGUGGUGCAGCCAUGAUUAUGGCUAUACAAGUUCUAUUAGAUCAUGAUGUGAGAAUAGAAAAUAUUAGCGUUGUCAUGUAUCUUGCCACUGAAACAGGCCUUAAAAGAGUAAUGAAUGCCUUUAACAACAGGGUAAACAUUUACGUUGCAUCUAUAGUUACGAGAGAAGAAUUGAAAAAUCGUAAAAGUAACUGGGCAUUAACAAGGUUUGUUGACGCAAAAUAUUUUGGCUGUGAAUAA